AUGGCGACACCAACACCUAUGAGGCAUGCGCCCUCACAGCAGGGACGCACGCCGUCGCAUCAGGGCCCAACGCCAUCACAGAUUGCCGGCGCGACGCCUCCAAUCUCGACGCCAUUCUCCAACGCCGCCCAGGCCGCCUUCUCUCCUCGAGGACAGCGAUCACCACAACAAGUGAAGAAAUCACCAGCGACGUCGACUCUGAUGGGUCAAUCAGGCAUGGGCGCUUUAAAUUUUGACAGCCCUUCGACUGCUGCCGCUAUGGGCGCUCUGGGAAUUGGCGGUAGCUUCGACAUCGGCCUCGAGAACGUCAGCGUCGGCGAGCUCGAUACACUAAACGUCCCAUUCGCUGGCAAGGAUGACAAACUAAAGCGAGAGGAUGACAAGUUAAAACGAUUGGAUCAUAUCCUCGAGCUACUAAACCAAAAGAAAGGCUUCGUCAGCGAAGCCGGCCUGGAACGGCUUGCUCAGCGCCUCGGCCUCGAACUACUGUCUGAAGAGAAUACAGCCCCAGACGGACGCAAGAAAAAGACAUUGGCGAUUGCAGGCUCUGCUAUUGCCGUCGACAUCGUACUUGAUAACAACAUUGUCCAAAAUGUGUCAUUAGCCUACCAUGGAUCGGCGCCAUCGGUUUCUAAGCAUAUGGAAGCAGCCAGCCAAAUCCUGUUAACAGACUUGAAGCUUGGCCCUAACCAAAGCCCUCUUACGAAAACACUGGAUAAAUUCGCAUCUAAUUUUGGGCAUAUAGCCAACUUAGACAAGCUCAGCAUUAUUCCUGGUCUCGACUGUUAUGAGGCUCUAGCCGGUAUUUUCACUAGCUUGGAAAGAUUACACCAGUGGGACAUGGCGAAUUUACGAAAGGAACCGGAGAUGGAGGGCAAAGCGGAUCAUUACCUGUCUCUGGCCGCUCUCUGCACUCGACACGGCUAUCCUGUCAUGCACGCACGAGAUAGGGUUGGCCUCGCUUUGCAGUACUGGAAGGAGCUGCGAUUCAUACCCCCUUCAGACAGCAAAAUAACAUCACUUUCGGAGGAUGAGAAAAUUUGGUCCCUUUUGCUUGAUUGUGCACCUAUUGAAGCACUUGGUAUGCCUACAUCUAUCGAAACAAUUGGCCCGCCGCCUGUCAGAGUGUCCGAAGACUGGAUCUCCAAGGAUGUGGUGAAGGAAGUCCACCAGGAUCAAGAUCAAGCACUGAAUCCUACUCCUUUCCCUAUUCUUGAUUGGCAAGAGCCUGAUAAUAUCUCGCUCCCAUCAUCAGAUGAGAACAAAAACGCUAGCAUGGGUGUUUUGGGACUAGAUCUCUCAAUGUCUCCUCAAGUCACGUUUACUGUUACGUUUGACCCGCCCGUCAUCCUUCCACAAAAUGACUACGCGCGACUCUACGCCUACGCAGGAGCUGAGCCGCCUAACCCAGAUCCGACCGAGUUCGAGCAACGUUCUCCUCCCACAUUUGACGAUCUAUUCUUCCCCAUGUUGGCUGGAAAUAAGCAAGAUCCCAGUGAGUCGAGGACGGUUACGCGCCUGCGUGACGUCCGCGUUUUCGAUCAGCAGGGGAAAUCUUCCAUGAGAAGCCAUCAUAACACUCUCUUCAUUUACAAGCCCAUUUACUCUAAAGCGGUUACGAAGAUGCCCUUCUCUCAUCCGCGCCAGCUCAUAGACAUGCUCCCGCUUCUGCGGCAGUUUGCCUUCCUUUCUACGCUGCUGAACAAUAGUUUUGGGUCAAAUACUAAGGGGGAUUUACCCAAAUCAAGCAAGGCUCCUGCUGCCUCGAAGACGGUCAAAGACGAGUUGGCUGCUUUUGUGGACUUGAGCGACGAUGAAGGCCAAGGAGAAGAAGAGAGCGCAAAACGAGAGGCGACUCAAGAAGCAGAAAAUGAGGCGAAAGAGAGCACAGAAGAAAGUGGAACUGCGAAAGAUAUGGACAUGGACGUCAUAUUAUGGGUUCAUCCAUCACCGCACCUCCAAGUCGUCUUCUCCGUCAAGGAUUCUACCAUUGACAUUACACUUCGCAUUCUGGAAGGCGGCACGGUAGAGAUUGUAAACGAGAACGUUAUUGAACAGCACGAAAAGGAAAGCAAGGGCAAAGGAAGGCCGAUCAGUAGGGAAGAUCUCGGAAAGGCGCUUGAACGGCUUGAGGAUCUGUGUAAGUGGGCUGAAUGGAUUCGCACCCGGCUGUGGCAGAGUUGA